AUGUUUCAGGAGGCAAGUGCCAUAUUAGUGACCCUCUUAGAACAUGCCUUUGACAGCUACUGUCAUCUGCAGGAGAAGCUAAAACAGCAGAAACAACUCUCAAUCCAUCACCCAAAUAAACAGGAUGAACACAGAAAGCCGCUCCUACCUCCAGGGCUCGGGUUGUCCCCUCCCUGGCAUCUCCUUCCUCCUCGGCAACAGAGACUCCCCAGUCCACUUCCUGGAAAAGGCUACAUCAGAAGGGAUGAGCUCGGGCCAGUGAGGGAAGCAAAUAAGCAACAUGUAAGAUGUCAGAAAUGUUUAGAAUUUGGACACUGGACUUAUGAAUGCACAGGAAAAAGAAAAUACCUACACAGGACUUCAAGAACAGCAGAACUAAAGAAAGCUUUAAAAGAAAAAGAAAACAGAUUAUUAUCACCACAAAGCAUUGGAAAAACUAAUGUAGAAAAAAAGACCAAGAAAACAAGGUCUAAGUGUGUAACCAGUUCCAGUACAAAUAGCAGGGACAGUUCAGCCAGUGAUUCUUCAUCAGAAAAUGAAGAAACUUCUUCUUCACCCUCCUCAGAGGAUAGUGACACUGAUGAAAGCUCUUCUAGUCUUUCAUCUUCAGCUUCCUCCACAAGUUCUUCCUCCUCUUCUGAUUCAGACUCAGAUUCCAGCUCCUCCAGUAGCAGUAGCACCACCAUAAAUAGCAGCUCUGAGGAUCAACCACCAAAGAAGAAGAAAAAGAAAUAG